GUGCAGCAGGCGGAGAGCUUGGAGGCGGAGAGCAACCUGCCCCGGGAGGCGCUGGACACGGAGGAGGGCGAGUUCAUGGCGUGCAGCCCGGCGGCCCUGGACGAGAGCGACCCGGACUGGUGCAAGACGGCGUCGGGCCACAUCAAGCGGCCGAUGAACGCGUUCAUGGUGUGGUCCAAGAUCGAGCGGCGCAAGAUCAUGGAGCAGUCCCCCGACAUGCACAACGCCGAGAUCUCCAAGCGCCUGGGCAAGCGCUGGAAGAUGCUCAAGGACAGCGAGAAGAUCCCGUUCAUCCGCGAGGCCGAGCGGCUGCGCCUCAAGCACAUGGCCGACUACCCCGACUACAAGUACCGGCCGCGGAAAAAGCCCAAGAUGGACCCCGCGCAGCAGCUGGGCGGCGGCGCGGCCGGGAACCUGUCCCUGUCGCUGGUGGAUAAGGAUUUGGAUUCGUUCAGCGAGGGCAGCCUGGGCUCCCACUUCGAGUUCCCCGACUACUGCACGCCCGAGCUCAGCGAGAUGAUCGCGGGGGACUGGCUGGAGGCCAACUUCUCCGACCUGGUGUUCACCUCCGCGUAUGCGCAGUGGGUGAUGCGCGGCCAGCUCUGGACCUCGAGUGAUGGCAGGGGCAGGGCACAGGCUGCCGGGGUGACUCCCAGCCCCUCUGGGCGGGAAAGCUCAUCCCAAGAUGGGCGAUGA